CAAUUGAUCGAGAUCGAUAUGAAGACUACAACGUCAAUUGUUGCCGGGCUGGUCGCGCCUGUUGUUGCUCAGUAUAAGCCUGUUGUUUCUUCCAAGGAGCUUGUAGGGCUUGUCAACACCGAAGAGCUUGUUGCAGGUGCACAGGAUCUCUACGACAUCGCCAAAGCCAAUGGCAAUACCAGAGCUUUUGGCAGUCCAGGCCAUAACGCCACUGUUGAAUACAUCUUUGAGGCCCUGGUGGAAACAGGCUACUACGAUGUUUACAAGCAGCCUUUUGUGGAACUGUACGAGGACGCGCAGGUAGAUUUCAGCGUCGAUGGGGUAGAGUACGCCGCGAGAUAUUUGACAUAUUCGCCUUCGGGAGACCUCGACAAACCUCUCAUUGGGAUUUCAAACAUCGGUUGCACCUUGGAGGAUUAUCCUACAUCAGUUACUGGCAACAUUGCCUUCAUCAAGCGUGGCGAGUGCUCUUUUGCACAAAAAGCUACCAACGCGAAAACUGCGGGCGCGUCUGGUGUUAUCAUCUAUAAUCACUUGAACGAAACGCUUUCGGGCACUCUUGGAGAGCCCGGCGACUGGCUUCCGACUGCAAGUGUUGAGUAUGGACCCGGUCAAGCCAUUCUCGCUCAGCUAUCGGGCUCCAAUUCCACGACCGCUUCUCUCACCAUCGAUGUUGUCCAAGAAAACCGCACGACAUACAAUGUUAUCGCUGAAACUAAAGAAGGCGAUCACAACAACGUUCUUAUGUUGGGCGCUCAUACAGACUCUGUCCCCGCAGGCCCCGGCAUCAACGAUGACGGCUCAGGUACCAUUGGCAUUCUGACUGUAGCCAAACACCUCGCCGGUUUCUCCGUAAAGAACGCAGUUCGCUUUGGAUUCUGGUCGGCCGAAGAAUUCGGGCUGCUAGGCUCUUACCACUACCUCAAGACUCUCAAUGGCACCCUGGCUGGUAAUGCCACCGAGGUUGGUAAGCUCCGCGCCUAUUUGAACUUCGAUAUGAUUGCGAGUCCCAACUACGCUCUCGGCGUCUUAGAUGGUGAUGGAUCUACAUUCAACCUGUCAGGUCCUGCUGGGUCUGCCACUAUCCAGAAAGACUUCAUCAGCUUCUUCGCUUCACAAAACAAGUCUACUGUAGCCUCGGAAUACAGCGGUCGCUCCGACUAUGCUGCGUUCCUCGACAACGGUAUUCCAUCUGGCGGUGUGGACACGGGAGCUGAAGGUCUCAAAACAGAGGAAGAAGCCGUUCUUUUCGGAGGUGAGGCUGGUGUCGCAUAUGACAUCAACUACCACUUGAUUGGGGACACAGUGGAUAAUCUGGCAUUGGAUGCAUUCCUUUGGAACACGCAGGCAAUUGCGGACGCAACCGCGCGGUACGCGCUGGACUUUGGCGACAUUCCCAAGCCAAACCAGACCACUGAAGCGAGGAAAAGAAACGUCGAGAAGAGCCGUCUUCGGAGAGCGCUCGAGAGCGUGCCAAAGCGCGUGAGUGGACUGGGAAAAAGACAUGGUGGAUGUGUGCAUGAUGUCAAGACCGAGCUGUAA